UCGGAAGCGACCGACGUUGUCCUGACUCGGAGGACCCUCAUACUUUUAGUUUGGUUGUAGUUUCGCACUAGAAAGUGCCUCAGUAUGUCUUCAUCACGUUUUGCCAGUCAUCACAGAAAGGAUUUAAGUACUGAAAUGAUUAGAACUAAAAUUGCUCAUAGGAAAUCACUGUCUCAAAAAGAAAACAGACAUAAGAAAUACCAACGAAAUAGACACAUUGGUUUGAAAGAUGUUGAAUUAGAUGAGACAUUGCAAGAGCUUGUUCCAGAAAAGGCCAGUACCAAGCCAAAGUCAUUGAAAACUGUCCUAAGUGAAGAAAGAAAACAAAUGCUUCAAAAAUACAAAGAAGAAAAGCAACUUCAAAAAUUAAAAGAACAGAGAGAGAAAGCUAAACGAGGAAUAUUUAAAAUGGGUCUUUAUAGACCUGAAGCACCUUCCUUUCUUUUAUCAAAUCAGAAUGCUAUGAAAACUGAGCCAAAAAAGGCUAUUCCAUAUUCUGGACGGAUUACAAGAUCAAAGGCCAAAGACCAAAUUGAACAAACUAAGAUUGAGAAUGGGAUUGAUGUUCGAGCCAUCCGACCUGUUCAAAAACAAAUUGCAGAAAAGAAAGUAUUGGACAAAGAGAAAAAAGUUGUGCGGCCUGUUAUGCCCACAUCAGUGAGAAUGACCCGAUCUGCUACUCAAACAACAACGCAGAUUGUAAGAACAGUCUCAACUAACACUAUAAGAAAGCCUGUCACAAGAGCCACUAAUGAUAAUGAACCUGAAAAAAAGGCACCAAAUAAAGGAAGACCUGUGAAAAAGACAGAAACAAAACCUGACAAGGUUGUUUCUUUUAAACUUGAUAAUGAAGAAAAUACUUUGGAUUCAGAAACCAGUGCAACAAAUAGAAUGGAUCCAGAUAAAAUCUUAUCAAAAAUGGAAAACUUACCUAAGAAAAAUCCUGCAAAAACCAAAGCAAAAACUUCUUUUGCACCUAAUGAUUUUAUGUUUCAUCCACUGGAUGGUUUGAAGACCUAUCAAGUAACACUCAUGACUCCCACAAGUGCCGAUGCUUUCUUGACACCCAGUUAUACCUGGAACCCUUUAAAAUCAGAAGGUGAUAAGACUCAAGAAGCAACAAAUGAAAUCUUGACCCCAACAUGUAAAACUUACUCUACCAAGACAGUACAGCAAAAUUCAAAUAAAUUACAGUGUCCUCUGGGUUCUCUAACAGUUUCAAAUCAAGAACAUAACGUAAAUCAAAAUGAAGCUACUACUAAGAAUUCAAAUGGCCUUUCAAUUAAGGAUGUCCCAUCACUUGAAUUAAAUGAAGGUCAAAAGUCUCAGCCAACACACGAUGUACCUUAUUUCAGAAAUAUCCUUCAGUCAGAAACUGACAAAUUGACUUCACACUGUCUUGAGUGGGACAGGAAGCUUGAAUUGGACAUUCCAGAUGAUGCUAAAGAUCUUAUUCGCACCGCAGUUGGUCAAACAAGACUCCUUAUUAAGGAAAGAUUCAAACAAUUUGAAGGACUGGUGAAUGAUUGUGAAUAUAAACGAGGUGAAAUGGAAACUACCUGUGCAGAUCUGGAUGGAUUUUGGGAUAUGGUUAGUUUUCAGAUAGAAGAUGUAAACCAAAAAUUCAACAAUCUGACCAAACUCGAGGAGUCUGGAUGGCAAAACAAUAACAAUACAAAUAAAAAAGUCUUUAGGAAAAAAAUUGUCUCAAGCAUGGCAAGUAAACCAAAACAGGAUGAUGAUGGAAGGAUUGCAGCUAGAAAUCGCCUAGCUGCCAUAAAAAAUGCAAUGAGAGCGAAAAUUAAACAGAAAGAACACUCGGAGGCAACCGCCCCUGUAAUAUCAAAAGAAGUUGACAAAAUAGUAUUUGAUGCUGGGUUUUUCAGAAUUGAGAGUCCCGUGAAAUCAUUCUCAGUACUUUCCUCUGAACAUCUUUCUCAAAGACAUGGAACACCUAAGUCCAUCAGCAAAGCCGUACCUGAGGGCAAAGCCGGUGAGGACCUUCCAAGAAAGAUGAUAUCACCGGAGAAUCCUCAUCCUCAGAACAUCAAAAGUGAAUGUGUUGAUAAGAAAAUUUUGUUUUCAAAUAUUUCUGAAAGCAGGAAUAGCAUAGUAGAAGAUGUUCAGUGUCCUGGAGUACAAGGUUUAAUUGAAAUAAAUCAUGAUGAAUAUGGAACUAACAAAAAGGAAGAAAUUUCAGAUAUUGAGGAAAGAAUGGAACUAAAUUCUUCAGUUACUUCACAAGAUGUUUUGAUGACUAGCCCUGAAAAAAAUAUACCAUCACAAAAUAACAUCUCACAAGAAGUUAAUCCUUCUCAAUUGGUACUACUUGAUAAUAAAAGUGUCUUUACUGAAUGCCACCUUCUUGAUUCGCCAGGCCUAAACUUCAGUAAUCAGGUGGAGAGGCGACAUCAAGAACAUGCCAGACACAUCUCCUUUGGUGGUAAUCUCAUUACCUUUUCACCUCUAAGGCCCCUCAGUGGAGAAAAACCAGAAGAAUUUUGAAUUUAAAAAUAAAUCCAAUGCUGUGAAAUAUUUGGAGACAAUUAGAAGUUUGAUGAAGAUGUAUUUGUGUUCACUUCUAUUCAAUCCAUUUAUAUAUUGUCAUAUAAUGUUUUAGUAUGUGUUAAUCUAAGUGUAUUUUAGAUAUACUAUUUCUCAGGGGAAGUGGGAAUAUUUUGUAUAUUAACCACAUAGAA